AUGGCCCUCACACCGCUGUUGCUCGCUGCUGUCUUUGCGGCAUCGAGAUCUUUUCGACUUGAUGCUGACUCGAACUUCGAAGGCGGGAUUGACACCAAGCGCGAGUGGCCAUGGACGAGGAGAUUGACGGUGGAUGAGGCGGCGAUAGAGAGGUGGCGAAGAGACGGCGGCGACCUGCCUACUUCUUCCAGUGCGUUGCUGGAGGCCUCAGGCAAUGCAUCUCGUGCACCUCCGCUUCCACCUGCCUGGUCCAAGCGGCUGACCUUCUUGAGAGCAUUGGGCAGCGGUGGUCACGGAACUGCAUACCUCUAUGUAGUUUCAUGCGGUUCGUCGAAUAUCACGGUGACGGUGAAGCUGCUGCACAACAAGAGGCUGCAGGACAUGCGAGAAGUCAGGGCGAUGCGGGCGAUGUACGGGGUUUCGGACUUUUGCAUCUCCACAUUGGGUGCACCGGACUACAUCGACACCGAAUCGGGUCUAUGGAUCAUGAUGCCGUUUCUGAAUUCGGGCAGCCUCUUGCAACUGCUGGAGAAAUUGGAGAACUGUCCUGCGAAGUGUCGGUGUAACAGCCGGAUCUGUUGGGAACGCCUCGGAGCUCCUUACAGCAUUCCCUUUGUUCAGGCACUGCUUUAUCAAGCAGCUUUGGGUGUCGGAGCCCUUCACUCACAAGGGUACCACCACAUGGACUUGAAGCCGGAGAAUAUCAUGCUGAAUUGCCGGGGUACCAAUUGUUUUGCUGAAGUUAUCGACCUGGGCAUUGCGUGCCAUCCGAAACUGUGCAAAUGGUCCGGAACCAUCGGCUUCAUCGCGCCAGAGGUCUGGACUGGCACAGGCCUUGGACUGGCGGCCAAUGAUGUUUGGUCCCUUGGGGUGGUCUUCUACGAGAUGAUGUAUGGGCGCAAGCCACCGUUCCACGGCGAUCGGAAUGGAAGAGAGACAAGAUCAUAUAUCCCCACGAUAGACGAUGCAAUUCCGAAGCCUCGCAUGCCCAUUGACCACUUGAUUGAAAAUAUGCUCAGCCACAAUCCAUCGAGACGCCCGACGAUGAGUGGGCUGAAGGAUCGGCUUCGCCGCAUCAUCCUUAAUUCAGAUCCAGGACAGGACGUGCUGGAUAUGAUCAACAUGUCUCCACUUGAGCGAGGCGCGCAACAGAAGCUGCCGCCCUGUCUGCUUCAAUAUGAAGACCCCGAGCAUGUCAGGGACAUCGGUGACCGGCCAGCUCACCGCAUGGACUGUGCUAGCCCACCAAGGUAUGCCCAGGGAUACUUCCGGUGUGGCGUAUGUGCCAGCUGCAACCCCUGCUGCAAAUGCAACGUGAAGCGUAAGGAUAAGCUGGAGAAAGCAUACUUUCGCAUGUCUACAUGUGAAUGA